CGAGCUCGGAAGCUGCGCCAUGGAGUUUUUGGCCUUUGAAGAUGUGGCUGUGGAGUUCAGCCAGGAAGAAUGGGUUUUGCUGGAUCCUUCUCAGAGGAAACUAUACAGAGAUGUGAUGCUGGAAACCUGCAAUAACCUUGCUUCGAUAGGCAUCAAAUGGGAAGACCAGAACACUGAAGAGCAGUACAGACAUUCUUGGAGAUACCUAAGAAGUUACAUGAUAGAUGCAAUUUACGAGCAUAAAGAAGGUGGUCAGUUUCAAGAAACCUUUACCUGGAUACCAAAUUUCCGUAGGAGUACUAACAGUUCUACUGGAGUAAAACCACUUGAAUGUGGUGUGUGUGGCAAAGUUUUCACGUGUCAUUUAUCCUUUAGUGAGCACAUCAUGUCUCACUUAGGGGACAAACCAUCUGAACACAAAUAUGGUUCAUGGGGAAUACAGCCCCAAAGUGAGAGCGCUGAAACAUCCUAUGAACCAUGUGGAGUGGCCGUCGUUUGCCAUUGUUCUCUUUCUGUAGAUGGAAGAACCGACAGUAAAGACAAAUGUUAUAAAUGUGAACAAUCCAGUAAAGCUCUGAGUUCUUCCAGUUCCCUUCCGACUCAAAAACCAGUUUAUCCUGGAGGAAGAAGCUAUGAGUGUGAGCAGUGUGGAAAGUCCUUUAGACACGAGAGUUCACUUCUGUUACACCAGUUAACUCACAUUGGAGGGAAGCCCUACGAGUGUAAGCAAUGUGGGAAGGCCUUCAGAUGUCACAGUUAUCUUCACUUACAUGAAAACUUUCACAUCGAAGAAAACCCCUACGAGUGUAAGCACUGUGGAAAAACCCUCUGUUCUCCCAGUUCCCUUCGAGUUCACGAAAGGAUUCACAAUGGAGAACAACUUUAUGCUUGUAAACAGUGUGAUAAAGCCUUCAAAUGUCAGAGUUACCUGCGAAUACAUGAAAGAGGCCACCCUGGAGAGAAUUGCUAUGAUUGUAACCAGUGUGGUAAAGCUUUCAGAAGUCAGUCUUCUCUUCAGAGACAUAAAAUAGCUCAUCCGAGGGAAAAACCUUAUGCUUGUAAACAAUGUGGUAAGUCUUUCACUUAUCCAUAUUUACUUCAGACACACGAUAGAUUUCACACUGGAGAGAAACCAUUUAAGUGUAGGAUAUGUAGUAAAGCCUUUCUUUGUUCCCCCUUUCUUCAAAGACACAAAAGAACUCAUGCUUGGGGAAAACCCUAUAAAUGUAAGCAGUGUGGUAAUGCCUUUGGAAGCCAUAGUUCCCUUCGAUUGCAUGCAAGGGCUCAUACUGUGGAAGAAUCUUACACGUGUAAGAUAUGUAAUAAAGCCUUUCUAUGUCCUCCUUUCCUUCAAAGACACGAGAAAAUGCACACGGAGGAGAAGCCCUUUGAAUGUAAGCAAUGUAGUAAAAUCUUCAGAGAUUGGAGCACCUUCCAAGUGCAUGAAAGAUCUCAUACUGUAGAAAAGCCCUAUAAAUGUAAGCUAUGUAGUAAAGCCUUUUUUUAUUCCUCUUCCCUGGAAAGACAUAAAAAGAUUCACACUAGAAAAAAGAGCUAUCCAUGUAAAUUUGCAUGUAAAUGGUGUGGUCAGUCCUUCAGUUUUCCCUGCUUACUUGAGAAGCAUUUAAGAGCUCACACUAAUGAAAAACCCUAUGCGUGUGAGCAGUGUGGUAAAACAUUUAGGAGUCUCACUUAUGUUCGCAUACAUAAAAGAACCCACACUGAAGAAAGACAGUAUGCAUGGAAACAGUGUGGUAAAAGGCUCAGUUGUCCUGGUGCUCUUCAGUUACAUGAACUAACUCAUACUGGAGAAAAACUGUACGAAUGUCAGCCAUUUGAGAAAACCGUCAGAAGAUUCAAUUAUUUCCAAGUGCAUGAAAGGGCUCAUCCUGAAGAAAAAGCUUACCAGUGUAAGCAGUGUGAUAAAAUUCUCAGUUGUUCAAGCUCCCUUCAGCUACAUGAGAGAACCCACACUGGAGAGAAGCCCCAUGAAUGUAAGCAGUGUGGUGAAGCCUUCACGGUCCUCAGCAGUCUUCAAGUACACGAACUAUCUCACACGCAUGAAAAGCCCGAUGGAUGUAAGCAGCAUGAUAAAGUUCUCAGUCUUGGUAACCCUAUACAGGAAAGAAAGAAAGCUGAAACAAAUCUCUGUGACUGUAAGCAGUGUGACAUGAAAGGACGCACACUGGAGAAAAGCCUUACGGAUGCAAACAGUGUGGUAAGGCCUUCAGAGUUCAGAGCUCCCUUCGAUUACAUGAAAGAACUCACUCUGAGGAAAAGCCUUAUGAAUGUAAAGACUGUGGUAAAGCCUUCUGGCGGCUCCCUUCUCUUCAAGUACACGAGAGGAUCCAUACAGGAGAAAAACCCUUUGAGUGUAAACAAUGUGAUAAAACCUUCAGGUGUCACAGUUCCCUUCAAAGACACGAAAGAACUCAUAGUCAUGAGAAACCGUAUGAAUGCACGCAGUGUGGGAAGACCUUUAGAUGUCACCGAUCCUUUCAAAGACAUGGAAAAUCUCAUGCUGGAGAGAAGGCCCCAGGAAUGUUGA